AGCUUUGUCAAAGCACCAGGAACAAUUUAUUGUCACCGCGUUCGUCGUACUCGAUUCCUUUCUCAGUCUUUCCGCAAGUGCGCCGCGCAGAUAGUUUUGGUAUAAUGAGGCAGAAACUCCUUUUGAUAAGCAUCUGGUUGUGGAUUUUGUCAAACCUUUUGUUCAUCCAUGCUUCAUCUAAUGGCUUACUUAGGGUUGGCCUAAGGAAGAAGCAGUUUGACAUUGAUAGGCGAAAUGCAGCAAAGUUUGUCAGGAAAGAGGAUUUAUAUCUCCAAAAUCAGCAUCUUCUUCUUUCCAUGGAUGAUCCUGAGGCUGAUAUUGUGUCCUUGAAGAACUAUUUGGAUGCUCAGUACUUCGGUGUAAUAGGCUUAGGGACACCUCCACAGAAUUUCACUGUCAUAUUUGAUACGGGGAGUUCCAACCUGUGGGUUCCUUCAUCUAAAUGCUACUUCUCUAUUCCUUGUUAUUUCCACUCUCGGUACCGCUCAAAAUCAUCAAGCUCAUACGUAAAAAAUGGAAAAUCAUGCAAAAUAACCUAUGGGUCUGGUUCUGUCUCUGGUUUCUUCAGUCAGGAUCAUUUGCAAGUUGGAGACCUUGUGGUGAAGGAUCAAGUUUUCAUUGAGGUAAUUCGAGAAGCAAGCCUGACAUUCUUACUGGCAAAAUUUGAUGGGAUACUUGGGCUUGGUUUCAAAGAGAUUUCGGUGGGGGGUUAUCCACCAGUUUGGGAGACUAUGGCUGAGCAGGGUUUAUUGGAGAAAAAUAUUUUCUCAUUCUGGCUUAAUAGAAAUCCAGAUGAUGCAAUUGGGGGUGAGCUCAUCUUUGGUGGUGUUGAUCCAAAACAUUUUAUUGGUGAUCACGUAUAUGUACCUGUGAGUCGCAAGGGAUAUUGGCAGUUUGAGAUGGGUGACAUUUUAAUAGGCAGCGAGUCAACAGGUUAUUGUGCUGACGGAUGCGCUGCUAUUGUAGAUUCUGGGACUUCCUUGUUGGCUGGUCCUACUACGAUUAUUGCACAAGUGAAUCACGCCAUCGGUGCGGAAGGCGUUGUCAGUAUUGAAUGCAAACAAGUUGUUGACCAAUACGGGAAGAUGAUAUUGGACCUCCUCAUUGCACAGACACGGCCAGGAAAGGUAUGCAGCCAAAUCGGCCUAUGUGUAUUUGAUGGAACUCUACCUGCCAGUACUGGCAUUAAAUCUGUGCUUGACAAGGAAAACGUGAAUUCUUCUUCUCGUAAUGAAGAUUUGUUCUGCACUGCUUGUGAAAUGGCUGUAGUAUGGAUUAAGAAUCAGCUUCGGGAGAAUCAAACUGAGGAACUAAUACUAAACUAUGCUAAUGAGCUAUGUGGACGGCUUCCAAGUCCCAUGGGGGAAUCAGCUGUGGACUGCUCUCAGUUAUCAAGCUUGCCAGAUAUCUCUUUUACAAUUGCAGACAAAAGCUUUGUUCUUACUCCAGAACAGUAUGUCUUAAAGGUGGAACAGGCAGGCACCUCCAUUUGCCUUAGCGGAUUUAUGGCAUUUGACCUACCUCCGCCAAGAGGGCCCCUCUGGAUCCUCGGAGAUGUAUUCAUGGGUGCCUACCACACGAUUUUUGAUUUCGGAAAUGAACAGAUUGGUUUUGCAAAAUCUGUUUGAGAGGGCCUUCCAAAUCUAUAUAACAUACAGUGUGCAUCAUGGCAGAAUCACCUCCUAAUUGCUUAAAACUCUAUUGACUCUUGCACACUUAUGGUUGGUUGAAAACCUGGAGCUGUAUUACACAAUAAUGUUAUAUAAAGCUUAUGGAUCAUGAAAUGCUUUAUCAAUGUUAUGCUUAGUUUGGCCAACUUCUGCUAAGUGAAGAGAGAGGUUUGGAUCUGUAAAAAUUCUAUUACCAAGUUAGUAGUCAUGGUUUUCUUAGCU